AUGCGGCAAUUGGGGUUCCUCGCCGCGGUCGUCGGGCUGGGCUCCCUUGCCUGGCAGCCUCUCGCCGCCGCGCAAGGCGAGACGAAGAUACAUGAAAAGGGCCGAUGUGCGAUCCGGGGACACUGCGGGAAAAAGUCGAUUUUUGGUGGGGAGCUGCCCUGUCCCGAUAAUGGUCUCGCAAAGGAACCCGAAGACCCCGUACGGCAGAAGCUGGUCAACCUGUGCGGCUCCAAGUGGGAGCAAGGCCCGACUUGCUGUCUAGAGGAACAGAUCGAUGCGUUAUCUAGCAACCUGAAACUGGCAGAAGGUAUCAUUGCGUCUUGCCCGGCCUGCCGAGAGAACUUCUUCAAUAUUUUCUGCACGUUCACCUGUUCGCCCGACCAGUCAUUAUUCGUCAAUGUCACUCAGACGGAAGAAAACAGCUCUGGCAAGAAACUAGUCACGGAGCUGGACAACAUCUGGUCUGAAGAGUACCAAAGUGGGUUUUAUGACAGCUGCAAGAAUGUGAAGAACGGAGCCUCUGGUGGCAAGGCCAUUGAUUUUAUCGGUGGUGGCGCCAAGGACUACAAGCAAUUUCUGAAGUUCCUGGGCGACAAGAAGCUUUUGGGCAGUCCGUUCCAGAUCAACUAUCGGACCGAGCCAAGCAGCGACGACCAGGGCAUGAAAACCUUGUCGAUCUACCCAAAGGCUUGCAACGACCAGGACAAGUCAUAUCGGUGCUCGUGUGUCGACUGUCCAGAUGUAUGCCCCGAGUUGCCCGCCGUAUCCAUUGAAAAGGCCUGUCAUGUGGGACUGCUGCCAUGUAUGUCCUUUGCAGUUAUUAUCAUCUACUCGGCAUUCCUGCUGCUCGUCAUGACCCUUGCGAGCUAUGUAACCUUCAAGGAGCGUCGAUUCCGCAAGCCUGAACGCGUUCGCCUUCUCCAGGACCCGCUACCCAGUGAUGACGAGGAGGAGGGAGAGGUUGUGCACCAUGGUGGUUAUUUGGAACAGCCCCAGGGAGUGUACAAACCAAACUCCUUGUUAUCUGCUCUCUUCUACCGCAUUGGUGGGGCCUGCGCACGAUUCCCUGCCAUCACAAUCGUUUCCAGCUUCGUUUUUGUCAUCUUGCUGAGCCUGGGCUGGUUGCGAUUCACGGUCGAGACCGACCCGGUCCGCCUCUGGGUGAGCCCGUCCUCGGCGGCAGCCCAAGAGAAAACCUAUUUCGAUGAGAAUUUCGGACCAUUCUACCGGGCUGAACAGGCAUUCUUGGUUAAUGAGACCGGCCCGGUCUUGGAGUAUGAGACGCUCGUGUGGUGGUUUGAUGUCGAGUCUCGAGUCCGCCGGAUGAUAUCUCUCGACCUAGGUCUGAACCUGGAAGAUGUUUGCUUCAAGCCCACUGGCGACGCCUGUGUGGUACAAUCACUGACGGGCUACUUUGGUGGCUCCGUUUUUAACCUGGAUCCGGAUACUUGGCAGGAUCGCCUGCGCCAUUGCACGGAAUCGCCCGGCGACGUGAGCUGCCUGCCCGAUUUUCAGCAGCCUCUCAAACCGGAGAUGAUUCUGGGCGGCUAUGAUGAGAGUGGGAAUGUACUAGAUGCCCAGGCCUUGGUCGUGACCUGGGUGGUAAACAACCAUGACCAGGGGAGCGAGGGAGAAAAGAAGGCGAUUGACUGGGAGAACAGCUUCCGUCGCGUCUUUGAUGUCGUUCAAGAAGAAGCUGCUGAACGUGGCCUUCGUGUCUCUUUCAAUGCAGAAAUAAGCCUGGAGCAAGAACUGAACAAGUCCACCAACACAGACGCAAAGAUUGUGGUGAUCAGUUAUGUGAUCAUGUUCCUUUAUGCGUCCCUGGCCCUGGGCUCAGUCACUGUCACCUGGCGCUCUCUUCUGCACAACUCGGCAAAUGCUCUGGUCCAGUCCAAGUUCACCUUGGGUAUUGCUGGAAUUGUGAUUGUAUUGAUGUCCGUAUCCGCAUCGGUAGGCCUGUUCUCGGCCGCCGGCGUGCGCGCGACCCUGAUAAUCGCCGAGGUCAUACCAUUCUUGGUUCUCGCAGUGGGCGUGGACAACAUCUUCCUGAUCGUUCACGAGUUUGAGCGUGUCAACUUUAGCUACCCUGAUGAAGAGAUUGACGAACGCGUGGCGCGUGCCGUGGGCAGAAUCGGCCCCAGCGUUUUCCUUUCAGCGCUCACUGAGACGUUGGCUUUCGCCUUGGGUGCAUUUGUCGGCAUGCCUGCAGUCAAAAACUUUGCAGCGUAUGCUGCCGGGGCCGUCUUUGUCAAUGCUGCUUUGCAAAUCACCAUGUUCAUCUCCGUCCUUGCUCUGAAUCAGAGACGGGUGGAGAGCCUCCGCGCGGAUUGCUUCCCUUGUGUCACUGUCCGAAAGGCGAACUCAUUUGGCCUCCCUCAAGAUCAAAUUUAUGAUGACCGCGAGGCCGAAAGUUACCUGCAAACCUUCAUCCGCCGGGUCUAUGCUCCAUUUAUUCUGGAUCGCCGGGUCAAGGCAGCUGUGGUGAUUUUCUUCCUGGGCCUUUUGACAGCAGGAUUGGCGUUGAUCCCAGCUGUUUCUCUGGGACUCGACCAGCGCAUUGCAAUCCCCAAUGAUUCAUACCUUAUUGCAUACUUCAAUGACCUCUACGAUUACUUCCGCACGGGUCCCCCGGUCUAUUUUGUGACUCGCAACGUCAACGUGACGGAGCGGUCUCACCAGCAGCAAUUGUGUGGACGAUUUACGACCUGUGAAGAAUACUCGUUGCCAUUUGUUCUGGAACAGGAAUCGAAGCGCCCGAACGAUUCUUACCUUUCCGGAUCUGCUGCUAGCUGGAUUGAUGACUUUUUCUACUGGCUUAACCCCCAACAGGAUUGCUGCAAAGAGAACGGUAAGCUUUGCUUCGAAGACCGCAACCCUCCAUGGAACCUCACUCUCUAUGGGAUGCCGACCGGGCCUGAGUUCGUUCACUAUGCCGAGAAAUGGAUUAAAGCCCCCACCGAUGCCUCUUGUCCUCUCGGCGGCAAGGCGCCUUACAGCAACGCGGUGGUGAUCGACAAGCAGCACACCACCAUUAAUGCCAGCCAUUUCCGCACCAGCCACACGGCGCUACGCAGCCAGGACGACUUCAUCCAGGCGUACAUUGCAGCUCGCCGGAUCGCCGACGAUAUCUCCCGCGAGCACAAGAUCGACGUGUUCCCGUAUUCCAAGUUUUACAUCUUCUUCGACCAGUACGUCUCCAUCGUGCAGCUGACCGGUACGCUCCUGGGCUCAGCCGUCGCCAUCAUCUUCGUCUUGACCUCAGCAAUCCUGGGGUCGAUCGCCACGGGCGCGGUCAUCACGACGACGGUCGUCAUGACGGUGGUAGAUAUUAUUGGCACCAUGGCCAUUGCCGGGGUCUCCCUCAAUGCGGUCUCACUUGUAAACCUGGUGAUCUGUGUGGGCAUCAGCGUGGAAUUCUGCGCCCACAUUGCCCGGGCGUUCAUGUUUCCCGCGCGCACUCUGCUGGAGAAAGCCCCUUCUCAAUUCCGCGGGAAGGAUGCCCGUGCCUGGACGGCUCUGGUCAACGUCGGUGGCAGCGUCUUCAGCGGUAUUACUGUCACCAAGCUUCUCGGAGUCUGCGUGCUUGCUUUUACAAGAAGCAAGAUUUUCGAAAUUUACUAUUUCCGGGUGUGGCUGGCGCUGGUCGUCUUUGCUGCUGCCCACGCCUUGAUUUUCCUGCCAGUAGCUCUCAGCUACUUUGGUGGUAGCGGAUACUUUGAUCCCGCCUCUGACGGCGGCCUGGAGGCUAACCUUGCCUCCCGUGGUUAUCGGUCAUUGCUGGUUGAUGACGGAUAUGACUCUGACGACUAUUAA